GACUGCAUUUUCAUCAUAAAACAAGGACACGUUACGAUACAUAGCUGUUCAUUAUAAUUAUUGUAUUAUUACACGCCUAUUUUUGAAUUUUCCAGUUCUCCUACCUCUUUCUGAUCUAUGCUUCGCCUCAUUUUAUGAUCUUUUUCUAUCUUACUUUUGACACUACUUAUUUAUCUCUCUUGCACCAAUUUCCUUUAUGUCCUCUCUCUCUAUUUCACGACAUUUCAACUUCUUCUCUGUCUCUCUUGAUCUUUCCUGCUUUGUCGAAUCGAACUAGCCUCCCUUCCUGCGAAUUUACGUGGAUAUUUCUACUUGAGAACGGUUCCAACCUUCAGGAUGCAGGCCAUUAAGUGCGUUGUCGUAGGAGACGGAGCAGUAGGUAAAACGUGUCUCCUCAUAAGCUACACUACUAAUGCCUUCCCCGGAGAAUAUAUCCCAACUGUAUUUGACAAUUAUUCUGCGAAUGUUAUGGUGGAUGGCAAACCGAUAAAUCUUGGUUUAUGGGAUACGGCUGGCCAAGAAGAUUAUGACAGAUUAAGACCGUUAUCUUAUCCUCAAACAGACGUCUUUUUGAUCUGUUUUUCUCUUGUUAAUCCGGCCAGUUUUGAAAAUGUUCGUGCUAAAUGGUAUCCAGAGGUGCGUCAUCAUUGUCCAGCUACGCCAAUUAUUUUAGUAGGGACUAAACUAGAUUUGCGCGAAGACAAAGAGACUAUUGAACGAUUAAAGGACAAAAAAUUGGCACCAAUCACGUAUCCUCAGGGUUUAGCGAUGGCAAAAGAGAUCGGUGCUGUGAAAUAUUUAGAAUGUUCAGCGCUAACUCAGAAAGGAUUGAAAACAGUAUUCGACGAAGCGAUCCGUGCAGUAUUGUGUCCUGUUCUUCAAGUGAAACCAAAACGCAGAUGUUUCCUUCUGUAAUAUUAAAUGUCCAACGACGGUGGAGCACGUGCAAGUGUACUAUCCCUCCUCCGAUCGGACUCGAUUGCAGCAGGAAAUCUAAUUUUGAUUAAAACAAAAAAAAAAAAGAACCCCUUUAUACGGUCCAUCUCUCUACAAACAUCUGCCAUAAAAGCGCACAAAUCAAUUUUUAUAUUGCGUAUAGAAGGAUAGAAGAAAACAUAUACGCAAUUUAAGUGUUUUGGACAUUAGCUAAAUGUUCUGAAGAGAGGAAGGAAGCCAAAUGAAAACUGAACUGAUAAUGUACAGUAUAUUAGAGUGUGUUAUUAAUAUAAUUAUUACGUACGGAUUGUAAGGAACUAAGCAUUAUUAUGUAUGUGCGGUUGUGUACGCACUGGAUACUAAUCAAUUUAAUAGAAGAGGUAAACCAUUUUAUGUCAUUUUGCAUUGUAUAUCUUAAGUAGAAAAAUUUGUCUAUUUUUCAAGAAUGUUAGUAUAGCAUAGUAUCAAUAUGAAGAAAGAUACUCGAGCAUUAAAUUUAUAUCUGAAAAAUUUGUUUAUCUUUUUUUUAUAUAUUACUAUUUUUUAUAAACAAGCAUUUAUCUCAAACGAAUUGCAUUUUUCCAAUUAAUGAUUUCACUUGAAAUCUGUUUACUUAUAUCUUACGUAUUAAACAAACAAUCGCAAAUAACAUAAAAUGACUUGGACCUUUAACUAAAUUGGUUGAUAUUACUACAUACAUACCAUGGUAUAAGAUAGUCAUGUAAGUUUUAGAAGUGAGCGGUAAAAGAGUGAUUUUUAAUUCUCUGCCUCUGCUUGUGUCUUCAUGUUGCUGCAAUUUUGCUGUAAUUGAUACGCAUAACAUGGAUAAAGAGAUUUAAAAAAAAAAA